AUGACAGUACAAAACUUGCGUUUUAAAGUUACUUUGAUAGUUGUGAUAAUAUCAAUCGGUUCGUCAUAUGCCCACCAAAAAUGUAGGAUGCCAAAUGGCUACACUGGAGAGUGUCAGUAUUUAGACAAUUGCAAGCCUCUGCUAGACGUAAAUAAUAAGAAAAUUAAAACAGAAGAGGAGCUCCUGUAUCUUCGGGAAUCUUCUUGUGGAACCACCAGCAACUUUAGGUAUAAGGCAUAUCCUCACAGGAAAAACAACAAAUAUGACCUUUUGAGUCAGACACUCGAUAUCGAAAUAUAA